AUGCAUAACUCAUACCAGUCCAAUAACCGAAAUCUAGAAUAUGCGGAAACCCCUGGGGCGACGUGUCCAUUGAACGUCUGCUGCUCUGAAUAUGGAUUCUGUGGUACCACCGAAGACUUCUGCGGAAGUGGAUGCCAGAGUGGAUGUGAUGCGGUCAAUGAGCCGUUCUGUUCCGGAACAUCAAGCGAAGCUAUCUACAUCGGGUACUAUGAGGGAUGGAACCCCCAGCGUCCGUGCGAUGUUGUGCUGCCAGAGAAUAUUAAUGUCAACCCUUGGACUCAUCUUUAUUACUCGUUUGCAGGAAUCGAUUCGUUGGAUUUCACUAUCACCACUACCAAUGGCAAUGACAAGGAAUACUGGUCCAAGUUCACUGCUUUGAAGAAGAAGAAGCCUUCACUGAAAACGUAUAUCUCUGUUGGAGGUUGGGACGUUGGAGGCAAGGUCUUCUCUGAUAUGGUGCGGUUCCCUGGCACACGCAAGACAUUCAUUGACUCUGCCAUCUCCAUGAUGACAGAGUAUGGCUUUGAUGGCAUUGAUAUCGAUUGGGAAUACCCUGCGGCCGAUGAUCGCGGUGGGGCUGCAAGAGACACUGCAAACCUGGUGACCUUCCUCUCUGAGCUCAGGGCCGCUGUGGGAACCAAAUUUGGCGUGACGUGCACGUUGCCAUCCUCAUACUGGUAUUUGAAGGGCUUCGAUAUUGCCGGUAUGGCAAAGUAUGUUGAUUUCUUCAACUUCAUGUCUUACGACAUCCAUGGCACAUGGGAUGGUAAUAGUGAAUGGACGGAUUCCGCUGUCAAUGCCCACACCAACCUGACAGAAAUUUCUGCCGGACUUGAUCUUUUGUGGAGGAAUGGCAUCGAUCCCAGCAAGGUCCUACUUGGAUUGGGUUUCUACGGCCGUUCGUUUACCUUGGCUGAUUCCUCCUGCAACACUCCAGGCUGUAAAUUCUAUACCGAGAACAACAGCACUGGAGGUGCCGUCGCUGGUGAGUGCACAGGAACCAGCGGCAUUUUAUCCGACUAUGAAAUCAGCCGUAUCAUCAAUGACUAUUCGGUCAAUGUCAUGUACGAUGAGACUGCUGGGGUCAACUGGAUGACCUGGAGUGGGAAUCAAUGGGUUUCUUUCGAUAACGGCCGUACGCUCAGACAAAAGGCUGACUUCGCCAAUAGUAAAUGCCUUGGUGGGCUGUUCAGUUGGGCGCUCGACCUUGGUGGCCCCGGCUCCCUCAAAAACCCCAACGGGCUGACUGCAGACGACACCAGUAUGGGUGGCGCAAAUACCGACGGAGGCAGUGAUGGGACUGGUCUGCUCUACGUGGGCCAGGAAGUUCUGGGAGAUUCGCCCACUGUGACUGCUAUUGCUCCUGUCAACAUAAUCUUCCCUAAGGCUGUUCUGGAUGCCCCGACGACUAUUGACCUUGGAGGCGGUUAUCCGACCUCCUUGGAGGUGGCAUGGAGCACCACCAAAACUGUCACUGUCGGCAGUAUCACCACGGUGACCUCGACUAUUACCCGGUAUAUCAUGCCGACUACCAUCCCCCUGACACCUAUUACCACGGACACUAUCAACUACUAUAAUUGGAACAUUAGUGAUAUUGUCACUUCUAGUAUCGGAACUCUCAUCCCUAGUAUUGAGAUUCCACCUGUUGUGGUUACUGAUGAUCCUAACCCUCUGAACGAGACGGGCAUCACUCACUUGCCUCUUGUGACUCGCACCGUCAGUAUUCCGCCGUGGCCUUGGAAUACCGAUGGCACCAAGUACCCUAGUGUCACUUUUACUGAAGGUGAUCCUCCGGGCCCGACAUGCACUGCCAAUUGCGGCCAUAAGUGUUAUAGAUUCUGUCACGGACCUUGUCUGUCCGACUGCGGCACUGAAAGCUCCUCUAGCUUCAUUGAUCCGCUAGAUGCUGAUGCUCCUUCGGUCAGCAAGUGUUCUGGUCCUGGUUGUGUCAAUGGAAAGUGCACUGGCAGUGGUCUGUGCAUUGAGAGGGGCUGUACUGGUAAUGACUGCAAGAACCGGGUCUGCGUGGGUGAUGACUGCGUCCCGACAGCCUGCACGGGCUCUGACUGCGACGAUGGUCACUGCAACGGCAAUGAUUGUCAAAACCAUGGUUGUAUUGGCGAUGAUUGCGACGGUGGUAGUAGCACCGACGACCAUAACAAUGACGACGAUGAAGAUGGCGGUGAAGGAGGCUCAGGCCGCUGUUUCGGUCCUUUGUGUCUCUCUUGGGGUUGUGUGGGCACGGAUUGCUCGAACAUUGACUUCACCUGUACUGGUCAUCUGUGUCGCAUCGUGACAUGCUCUGGUACCGGCUGCUCCAAUGGCAUCUGCACCGGCGAGGGAUGUCAGUCCGUAGACUCGGACUGCGAGACUGAAGAGGCCGAUAGAUGUACCGAGUAUAUCUCCAGCACGAUGGUCACGCCAGCAUCGACCUACUCGACCACUACCGUGACUAGCCACUGCAAUACUAUUACUGCUUGCGCUGCCAAACCAACGACGGUGACCAGCACUAUGGACGAGGACGGGCUGGAUGAAGGCACAAUUACGGCCGUCGAGACGGAAACGAGCGAUGACGCAUCGCUCACUAGCUAUCUUGAUGCGCUGAUGAGCAGUUUUUAUGCAUCAGCGUUUACUACCACCAGCUCGACCACCACCACUACCACUAGUUCGACGACGAAAACGACCUCUACUACCCCUACCCCGACUGAAACGAGCUACGAUUGCAAAGGAUCAGUCCGCUGUGACCGGACCAGGGCUAACGCCUUCAAUAGGACCAAAGAUACAGAUACGAACUCAGGAACAUGCUAUACAGACGGUAAGAAUGCCGGCUUCGGCUGCGGCGUCUUCGUUGAAGGGGACGACUGCGAGAUGACCGGCGACCAGAUGGCAGCUGCCUACGAUCAUAUCUUCCAGGAGACAGGCGGAGACUGUGGUAUCUGCGGUCAUGCUCACUUCGACAACGGAUGCACCUUGACCGUCAACUAUGUCAGUGGAUGCUCAACGACGAAUGGCAUUUUGGAGGCGUUCGUUGGAAACGUUUCGGAUAUUACCACAGCAUCCUCAGCUGCCGCCGCGUGGUCAUCGAAGCCCGUGAAGUUGUAA